AUGUCCACCGAAACAACCUUUUACGCCGAUGCCGUCCUCUUUGACAUGGACGGUACACUCACCGACUCUAUCGCGGCAGUCGAGGCAGCCUGGGGCAAGGUGGCAAAGGACAUCGGGCAGGACCCGGCCUAUGUCAUCGCCGCGACCCACGGCAAGCGCGCCGUCGACAACCUCUCGUCCUUCAAGCCUCACAUCAAGGAGCACGAGAUGGACGACGAGGUGACCGCAUUCGAGGAGUCCAUCCUCUACUUUGCAGACGCGUACCACAAGCACGGCCCUGGCUCCCGCCAGAACUCGCCCGCGUCUUCAGCCGUCUCCUCAUCGGCGGCGACGCCCUCACUGACGCCCGCCGGCUCGGCCCCAUCGUCGCGCACCAGCUCCCGCGCAUCGUCAUUCGUAGGCAGCCUCAGCCAACUCGCCGCCUUCCGCCGCCCGUCCUUCCUCCACCGCGUCAGCACCAUGCUUGCGAUGUCGUCGGUGCCCCAGCCGGACCGCGUCCAGAUCGAGAACCCCAUUAGUGAGCAGGGCGACGGUGAAGACUACGUCACCGCAGCACCGGCGAAGGAGGUGAAGGAUCAGCUUCAAGCGUGGCAGAUUGAGGCUGCUGCAGUCGACCGCUCCGUGCGCAUUCUCCCCGGCGUGAAGAGGAUGAUGUCGUCCAUUCCCAAAGGCCGCUAUGCCGUGGCCACCUCUGGCGCUAAGACAUAUGCUUACGGCUGCAUGACGCGCGUCGGCAUUACCCCUCCCCCGGUGACCAUCACCGCGGACGACAAGCGUCUGAAGGCUGGCAAGCCGGCGCCCGACCCAUUCCUGCUCGCGGCCAAGUGCCUUGGGUUCGACGCGAAGAAGUGCGUUGUCUUUGAGGACUCACCCUCCGGGAUCCGCGCAGGUGUGGCGUCCGGCGCGACAGUGAUCGCGGUCUGCACGAGCCACGAGCGCUCGAAGAUCGAGAACUGCGGCGCGCACUUCAUUGUGGACACGAUGAACCAGAUCGUGUGCGAGCCCGUCGGCGAGGGCGAGCAGCUGCAGCUCAAAUUCACGGUCAAGCUCGAGUCGCAGUGA